AUGCUCCCGUCGACAGCAUCACAAUCUGGUCGCGAAGCUUUCCCUCCUUCGUCGCGCUUCUCCCGCGCUCAUGCGCACGAAUUUACAUCUAGAGACCUCAUGCACAACAUGCCAGCGCCUCUUAGUUGGAUACGAACACUGAGCCCCCACGCAGACCGAUAUGUUCCCCUCCUAUCUUUUACCGAUAAAACGGGACUAAUAGUGGAUGCGCUAUGUAUAUCCCCUCUCCCGCAGGUUGACCUAGUUCCUAUUUUAGUUUCUGUUCAACAACACUUGAUGACGACACUAGCAACACAAGAAACUGUGACAAUGCUGACCGCCGCAGCGAUGGCGAUGGUUGCUCUCUUCUUGUUGCCCGUGUUGCAUGAUGAUCACUCUCUGAUCCCUGAGUGUCUUCCUCUUGUUCAUCUUCCGAUCUCGAACCCUAAAUACAACAUCUCCCGAACAACUCUUCAGCGCUUUUGCUUCCAUUGCAUGGCAACCAUCCAUGCCCCUAUCGCGUGUCCGCAGCACAAGUUGACUGAAUUGGAUCUAUAUACAACUUUCCGUCAAUUCAGUGCAGUCAAAUUCAACGUCACUCCAGCUCGCGUAACUGAUUUCAUCACGUCUUUAAAUUCCGGAUCGAGUAACCUUCCGAGAGCCGACUUGUGA